CAGCCUCGGCCGAUCCGGCCCAGGUGGGAGCCCGACGAGGCGACCAACGAGUGCCGCCGGUGCUCGAAACGGUUCGGCCUCCUCACGCGCAAGCACCACUGCCGUCGGUGCGGCCUCGUCGUGUGCGCGUCGUGCUCGCAGCACCUCGACGCGCUCGACCCGUACAUGGUCGCGCUCGAGCCGGGCGACUUUAUGGAGGACGAGCACCUCUUCUCGGCGACGGCGCGCCGGUACCGCACGUGCAGCGACUGCCACACGGCGCUGUCGCUCAUGCAGGGCACGAGCGGCGGCAGCGGCGGCGCGAGCGGCGACGGCCGGGCGUCGAUCCUGUCGCCGCAGGCGUUCUUCCCAGUCUCGCCCUCGCUCGGGUCCGUCACGCCGAGCGAGGCCGCCGCGUCCGACGUGAGCGAGCUCGUCGAGUGCCCGGUGUGCGGCACCACGCUCGCGAGCGUCGGCGGCAAGAGCGAGCAGGAGCAGCACAUCCGGGACUGCCUCGACACGGGCGGCGGGACCGUCUCGUCCGGCGCGAUCCUGACUCGUCGAGUUCAUCGCGCAGUGUUCAAGCUCCCGCCAGGUCCGCUCGUGGGCCAAGAAUGCGCCGUCUGCUUCGACGACUUUGCGGUCGGCGACACGCUCUCGAGGCUCGUCUGCCUGUGCACGUUCCACCGCUCCUGUAUAGACGACUGGCUGUCGCGAGGUCACUCGUGCCCUGUCCACCCGAGCCACCUCGAGUGA